AUGGGCGUUUAUAUACCCCCCAACAAUAACAAUGAUAAAGAGGAAAAGCCGAGUUAUCUACCUGAAUUCUAUCAAAAUCCCACUGUAGGUUUGAAGUUAUGGGGUCCAUUGGUUCCAGCUGCUGAUAAUUUAUGGGGGAGAGGGAUUUUAUGUUCUAUCCAAAUGAUUACUGGUUUAGUGUUAUUCAGAAAAUCAAGAUUUUAUAGGAAGAAAAACCUUCAAAAUCUUGGUUUAACUAACAAUUGGCAUUUUAGAACGAGGAAAUAUAGUUAUCUUGGAAUUUCAGCUUAUUUAUUAUUCCAAACAGCUUUGGAAAUGAUAACAUUUUCAGUUUCUUUCAAUCCUUGGGUUGAAGAAGCCAAGAUGUACAGAGCUUUAGCUAUAAAGAAUGGUGAAACUCCUCAUUGGUGGUUAGGACCUAGAAAUUACCAACCUAUGACUUUGAAAGAAUUCAAUAAUAAUCUUGAUAAGAUCAUCACUAUUCUUGAAAACCAUGAAGAAUCAACUGAAGAUGGUAUUAAUAAACUUGAAUUCAACUUGGAAGACAACAUUCCUGUUCAACAGAUCCACGAAUUGAUUGAAAUCCAUACCGACAUCAAACAAAAGAAUUCCCAAAUAUUUCAAAACCUUUUGAAUACCCAAUUGAAAGACUUGAAUGAAAUGAAUCGAGCUCAAAGAAUUGACGAUUAUCUUGAAGGGAAAUUGGUUCUCAACAAAAACUACUCAAAACCUUCUAUACAAUUAGGGAAUCAUCCUUUAAAUGACAAUGAACAGUUUCAAGGAAUUUGGGAAAAAUUCAAUCCUUGGGAUGAAUUAAAGAUAGAGACUGAUUACGAUAUAAGAUUAAUACCUAAAUGGCAUAAUAUCCAAGAGAUUGAAGAUAAUGAUAAUGAAUAA